CCUUCCAACUCUUACUGUUUAAAAAAAAGAGACGGAUCGGAGUCUUUUCCUCCUCCCCACCUCCAGUCCCACCCCAGCGUCGCUGCAACCGGAGCGGACCUUCCGCCGACCCGCCAGAGGGCGCCAGAGCCGCUCUAUUAAAGACAUGUGGGCGGGGCUUCUCGUUUCUUCUCCCCACCCACUCACUUCCCCGCGGCUAGGAAGUGACGACAGGUCGUUGCCUAGCGCGGAGCGAAGGCUUCUGCGCAUGCCCGGAAGAGCCCAGCGGUUUUGGUGUGGGUGUUGGUGGGGAGGGGCGAAGAUGUCGGAAGGCGAAGACUACGAGUCCGUCUUGUGCGUCAAACCGGAGGUUCACGUCUACCGGGUGCCCCCGCGGGCCUCCAACCGCGGCUAUCGUGCCGCGGAGUGGCAGCUGGACCAGCCGUCCUGGAGCGGCCGAAUGCGCAUCACAGCCCAGGGCAACGUGGCCUUCAUUAAGCUGGAGGACAAGAAUUCGGGAGAGCUUUUCGCCCAGGCUUCCGUGGACCAAUUUCCUAGCAUCGCCGUGGAAAGCGUGACAGACUCAAGCCGAUAUUUCGUCAUCCGGGUCGAAGAUGGGAAUGGUACGAAGGGGCGCCGUGCAUUCAUCGGAAUUGGCUUUGUUGACCGAGGGGAUGCUUUUGACUUCAAUGUGGCACUGCAAGAUCAUUUCAAGUGGGUCAAGCAACAGACCGAGUUAGCCAAGGAAGCCCAAAACCCAACCCAGGGCCCCAAACUUGACCUGGGAUUCAAAGAAGGGCAGACCAUCAAGCUCAACAUUGCGAACAUGAAAAAAAAGGAUGGCUCCUCGGGAAGUAGGCCACGAAGUGCGGACUUCACGGGACUCCCCCUUCUUCCCCCACCUCCAGGGGGAAAGACCCCCUUCCUCCCCACACCUGAAGAAGAGCUUCCCUUGCCUCUUCCGGGAACCUCAGCAGAUGCUGUCCAAACAGUUUGCCAAGCAGAUGUUGCCGGGUCUCAGCCCUCACAGCCGCCAAGUUCUUCAAGAGAAGCUUUUGCAGACAUCUGGGGAGAUUUCACUAAAGCUUCCGGGUCCGGCUCUCAACCUCAGCAGAACUCCGACUGGGUCCAGUUCUGAAGCAGAGGCCCGAAAGCCAAAGAGUGGGACCCCCCCCUUUUGUAACCCAGAGACCGGGAGAUGGGCCGCGUACCCCGUUGCCUCUUCCGACGGAUCCUCUGCCUGGAUGGGUUUCGGCUUUGGCUUCGGACCUUGUGGCGAGGCAGAGGAGGGCUUCCCUGCCGAUCACCUCGCGCUCUCUCUCUCUCUCUCUUCCGCCAGCACCUGGGACUUGUGUGGUUUGUGUGAGUGUGUGUUUUGUGUGUGUGUGUAGGGGGCUGCAGUGGUUUAAGUGCCAGCCCGCCGUUUGUGAAGCGGAGAUUUUCUCCGCCUGCUCUUCUGUCUCCCUUCCUUCCCAAGGGGGACCACUGUACUUUGGUGGGGGCUGUGCACAGUUGUGCCGACUCCUCGGCCGAGCCAUAGGAUAACCAACAAUGUUGGUUUAGGGCUCAAGAAGAACCCAAAAGUGUUGGGGAAAGCAUCCGCUGCUUUUGGGAAAGGACUCCAUCCCUUUUCUCCUUGCUGGACUCCUGUCGGGUCACUUGAGUCCAGUUUUGACCGUCUCUCCUGCACUCCGUUUCCGAAUUAAAAAAAAAACUUUUCCCGCCAA